GGGAAUAGCUUCUUUCUUGAGUGAUGAACCUGACAGCUGCCGACGGAUCUGGCAAUUCAGCAAGGCAGCGAAUAGCUUUAAGGUCCCAAAGAGAUGUCAGUGCUAACGUCACCAUAGAUCAAGUUAGUACCCGAGGUGUUAGCCUAUCAAGUGUAAUCUUUGAGGAGUAUGGAUAUACCUCUGAUGCAUUAGUACAACUGUACACGUUGUUAGAUUCUGGGAUACACUCUGUUGUUGCUGAUUUAUACUGGAAUGAGGGACUGAGGCGGUUCCAACUAUGCCCCGUUCCCUUCGACAACAUUUUAUGGCAGUUUGAAAACAGUACAGUGAGGUACUUUGAGGAAGGUACAAGUUCUUACCAAUGUGAGGUUGGAUUAGGACUUGAAGAUUUGAUUUAUGCAGUCUCGGAGUAUUUGGAUGAAUCCAACACCAAUCUGAAAGCGGACAUAAUGGUUAUGAUAUUCAACAUCAUUUCCAUUGGCAGCGGCCGACAAUAUGAUGCCUCACUACAAGGAAGCCCCAACAACACCAUUGCAAAUACUGCUUCUUACUUCUUCGGAUCGAAGUUGUUUACCCCGUCAUUAUUGGAAAACCAGGAUACGUUAGAUUCCACCAGCAACAAUCCAAAUGGGUACCCUACUCUUCAAGAUUUCCUCUUCAACCAACUGCACAGAGUACUCACAGUUACCUGGAAGAGGUCACUCCCAACGAAUACCACAUACAAUUUAUCUUCAGACAAUGGUGUGGUGUUCAACUCGUCAUAUUUCGAUUCCUUUACGCCUUUACAAAGCGUCUACAUGGAUAAUGUUACAGAGAGAGCCACUGUGCCUUGGAGGUUUUCAUUUGAUUCCGACGAGGACGAGUUCACGGCUUCAUCUAUGAAUAGCGUUGUUCUCGAGGGUUACUCGCCUAUUUUAGACCAUGACAGUGGAAAUGUGAAUCAAACCAUAGCGCUUUUUAACCAAUCUUUAUGGUCAUGGGAUGUGAAUGAGCCUAAAUCUCCAAGUGUUGCUAAAGCAACAGAUGAUUCUAGUGAUAACUCCUUUUCAAAAGAUGCGUAUAGGUGUGCAGUAAUUGGUUCAGACGGUCUAUGGAGAGUUGCAAACUGUUAUAGCGAUCAUCGUGGCGCCUGUAGAGGAUCCAACGAAUUCGAUUGGCGCACAACACGCAAUGUCGGUUCAUAUUUUAACAUGGAUGAUAUGUGCAAUAAUAUUGAAGGUGACUACACGUUCUCAGUUCCAGAGACGAGUUUACAGCAAAAGUACCUAGCCAAUUACAUCAGUUCACAGAACAUCAGCGCAACAGUAUGGAUCAACAUGAAUUCCAUCGCAGUUGAAGAUUGCUGGAUCACUGGAGGCCCUUAUGCCAAUUGCCCCUAUCAGAGAGUCCAGUCAAAGAGAAACUUUGCAAGAAUGAUUGUGCCUGCGUCCGUUGCAGCAGCUUUCGUGAUAGCAAUGAUGCUACUGAUGAGAUUCCGUAAAGUUCCAAUACAGAAAAAUCGGAAACGUUGGCGUCACAUUGAACGUGAGAAGACAGAAGGUGAAUACGAUGGUGUUCCUUCAUGAAGGCCCGCUAUAUGUGUGGGGUUUCACUAAUGAUUUUAACGACCUUUUCUUUCUAAUACUGAGAUAGACAAAUAAUACCAAGAUGGAUAGAUAUUACUUAAGCAGUCAGAAAACACUACAAUCUUUGUUGUCAAUCAAUAUAUACAAAUACACAUGUAUUCAUUUGCAUCA